UUGGUUCGCUUUAACAGCAAACGGCCAAAACGAGCCAGACUAGUUUGUGAAGCGAUUUCGGUCGUAUUUCCAUCGUUGUCGUUUUCUCCAUAAUUGCGUUAUUUUUUCGCAAUUCGUGAGAUUGUGUACACUAUUGCAAAGUGUACAGAAUGACAAUUCAAUGGGUUGUUUAUUGUGAAUGAGUGAAAUCGUGUACAUGCAAGCAAAGCGUUAUAGAGAUUUUUAUGUGAGCAAAACUUGUAGACGAAAAUUGUUCGGCGUUUCCCACACAAGUACCCUGCAGUAGCAGUCACAGUCGCAGCCGCAGUUUUCGCCCCCUCAAGCGUCUUGCGUAGCACUUCACGUCUCAGCUGCUAUGAAAUAGUGUUAUCUCGUUCAGUCGUAUGCUCUCUAUGCCUACGAAUGUGUAGAACUAUUCACAUAUUCGGUAUUAUAAACAUUACAGUGUACUCGUUUCGACUCGCAGUCACAGCAGUUUUUGUGAUUUUCGCUGCCUCUGCGCUACAAUCUCGUAUAAAAGUGUGUAUGGUAUGUGCAUGCGUGCGUGCGAAAACGUAAGAAAUAUACAUUAUAACAAACAGCGAGAGUGAAUUGCUUGCUGCUCAUCUGUUUAUUUGUUUUCGUUUUCAUAAACAGUGGCGUGAAUAGAACAGUGCUACGAUAUAGAGUUGCACCAUUGAAUGGUGUGAGCGAGUUGGACUGUGUGAAGAAAUUUUAAUCGCGGAACAUUGUGAACAAUGGAACAAUAUAUUUGAAAGUAAAACCAGAGAUGUUACUCAAAUGUUGAUAUUAUAAACACUUAAAAACAUUAAAUCAAAUUGAAUUAUCUGCUCAUACCUAAUUAUUGGAUUCAAGUAGUAAAGUAAUAAUGAUUUCAUUAACAAAUUGAAGAGCAAAACAAACCAAAAAACCAAAAGAAAACGGUUAACAAGCUAUUAAUACAAAAAGGGAAGCAGUAGUUAUAGUAUAAAAAAAGGAAUUGAAUAAAAUCAGGCAGUUUGUCAAAAAGUGGUAAAAGAAUAUCGUGUAAUUUGAAGGAACUUCGUGCACAAGAAAAAGUAGAAGGAAACAGCGUAAGAAGGCGUAUACGUAAAAACGGCUGUGGAGCGCUAAUUUACUCCCGGCUCAGUAGCACCUUCAAAAGGUUAAAUAAAAAGACAACUACAAAGGAAACGGCAUACCUCUAAUAAUUUAACAAAAAUAUAUUAAACCGAACAAAUAUUAAAGAUACAUAUACAGAUGUAUUUUAACAGACUAAAUAAGAUAUAAAAAAUUACUUAAUCAAAAGAGGCGAAAAGUGAAAAGUGCAACAUAGAGGCAAUGUGACAUACUGUGCGCUACCUACCCACCAUAACUUGUUUGCAUUAGUAAAAAUAUAACUUAAACUAUUUAAAACAGCCAACAAAGAAGCAAGAGUAGAAGUUAUUAUUUAACAGACUUGCCACUAUGCCAGCGCAACCACAAGAAACAACAACUAAGCGAGGAACAUUAAACAAAAGUAUAGUUUCAAUAGCCAAUGUCAUUUCUAAAAUGCCAAGGCAUAAGAACUUUCAUUUAACUCAGUAAAAUAAACAACGUACUCCCAUAAAAGUGAAAUCCUUCUGACUGCAUUUUCCGCGUCAUUAAGUUAUUAACUUGUUAAAUUGUGUAAUUAAUAAUGCACUUUUUUAAACAAGUAGCAUAAAAAGCGUUGCAACUACUACGUCAUUCCUAUAGACUGAAGUAAACCCUUUGAUUGGUAAUCACAAACUUUAUGCUUGACUCAAGUGCGUACACCGAGUAGUUAAGCAAAGUAACUAAUCAAUCUUGCAGUUAAAUUUGUGUAUUAAAUUAAAGACAAAUAGCCGGCUUAUUUAAUGCACAUUUCGACAAAAAAAUUGAAUUUAAUUUGAAUGUCGUCGGUGAUUAGAUUUUAUUGUAAUAGGAAGGACUUACUGGCACCAUGCAAAGCCUGGAUUCAUCAUGUCAAGAAGCUGAUUUUAUAAUAAAUGACACGCUUAAAAAGCUCAAAGGCUCCAACACUAGCAUAAAUAGCAACAGCAAUUCGACAACUACAGCGUUAAACUCGUUGAAUUCAAGCGGUAGCAGCAGCAGUAGCAUACUGAGACACCAACAUCCUCACCAGCAGCUUAUCUAUCAGCAUAACUCUUCUAUACCACAACAAACCAAGCAGCCGCAAUACUCACAUUAUCAGCACUUACAGACUGCAUUGCAGUGUCCUGCACCCUCGCCGCAACCACAACAACUCACAACACCACCGCCACCACCAGCACCAUUGAGCAGCGUAACAUUUCCCACGAAAAGUUCGUUGCUCGACUCAAGCCUGCUACAUUGCAACAUCACACAGAUUCCUAGCCAACCGCCGUUUUGUAUUUUCGAUGAUGGCACUGAAUCGCCCAGUGAAGUUCCGCCUGCUGAAAUACUCGCAACCAGUAGUAGCAGUGGUGUUGGUGGUGGCGGCGGCAGCGGCAAUAUCGGUAGUUUGGACGGAAUUGUGCUACUCGCAGAACCAACAACGACAGCAUCGACGCACGCUAAUACCACGUCUGCGGUGCCAUCUCCAUCAUCAUGUUCAUCAUCCACAAAUCUUUCCAACUUUAAUUCGAUCACUUCACCUUCACCGGUAGUGCCCGAAUUAUUGUUAUCCACACCGCCAGGCGUAAAUUCUUCAUCAUCACUGGGCGAUUCAAAUGCUAAUACCGGCUAUGGUGGCAUGGGCGCAAAUGCAUUUCUAACAUCUUUAACGCAGUCAUCACAAUUUUCCACAACAACAACAGCAACGCAUCAAAGCAACAAUAAUAAUAUUACAAUAACCAGUAAUAAUAAUAACAAAAAGGCUGAUAAACGUCCUUCCGCGUCAUUAAGUACUCAACAACAGCACAGCAAUCAUACACAUCAUCACCAACACCACUACCAACAAUCAACGACGACGCAUCAUCAUCCACCGCAGCAUUUGUUAAAUGCAUCAUCGCCAUUGGCUGGUGCGGCGGUGCAAUCUGCGUCGCCCACCUCUUCGCCUAGUAAGCGACAGAAGAUUUCUAAAGAUGCCACAAGCCGUUCAUCGCCAUCAACAUCAGCGACACGUGCAUCAAAUAAUAAGCGUGAUGGUCACAACACUGUGCCAACUAGCAGCACAACAACAGCAACAUCUAGUACUAGUGGCACAACAACGGCUGCAGGGUCAACGAAAUUUUUUAACAUACAUGAUAAAAUUCGAGAAUACUAUUUACAAUUGCUGGCUAACGAUCUAAAUGCGUUCACGGAAACUGGGCUCAAACAGCGUUCGCGUGCUUUUGUUUUGGAACGUUUAGUAGAGAGUGAGAAAUUAAACACUAUCGUUGUAAACCUAUACCCGGGUAAUAAAGGAUACUCAUUAGCGUUACAUUAUGAUGAACGGCAAUUGCUGACGCCUAACGGCGAAUUAAUACAUGGUGGUGAUGGAACGGGCAACGUACCAGGCGGUAGCGGUACUGAUAGCAACGUGCAAGCUGGCAUGAGUAUCAGCUCAUCGGCUAACACAUAUAGAGGUGCUUCUAGUCGCAACACAGGCAGCAGUAACAGUAGUAGUAGUAAACUGAGUUUGGCCGCCAUACCGCCGGAUUUAAAAUACGCUGGCAGUGACUUUGACAGCGCAGCUGAAUUGAAGCUAAAAGUUGGCGGUAGAGCUGAUGUGGAUAGCCAACAACAAAAUGAGUAUGCGCUUAUUGAAGUAUUACGUUGGCCGUACGAGAACGAUCAGUUGCUGCAGUGCAUCGAUCGUGAGGUAAUACCGGACUUUCUAGUUGACAUGUUGAAUGCACCGAGCCUCACACUGAACGCUUCUCAAGAUGAUAGCGAACCUGCACGUACCUACGCCAAGCCGAAUGUAUUUUACGCUGGUUGUGUGAUUGCGCAAAUACGCGAUUUUCGCCAAACCUUCGCUAUUUCGACGAAUAUCUGUGAUACGAAACACGUCCUCCUGCGGCCCACAAAUGCUAGCAUCUUCUCUGAUGUACAGCACUUGGCAAGCACAACGAAUAUGAGCAUAAAUCCAACUGUACCCUCAACCGUGGGUGCGGCGAUUUGUGGCGCAGAGGAUAAAUUACAACUAGAAAGUCAGUUGGUUUUGGCCACUGCCGAACCGUUGUGUUUGGAUCCCGAUCCCAACAUUGGGCGUUUCGCUAUCAAUGCACAGAAUGCACGUCAACUAUUCAAUACACACGAAUUGCGGCGUCAAAUGAAGAAGUAUACACAGAUAUCGAUAAAUCGUAAGCGGAAAUUGGAUCAGUUCACACACCAUUAUGGACUGGAGUUGUGUGAUUAUUUAACGCGUUUACGCGCCAGACCACGCACCAGUAGUAGUGCAAAUGCCAAUGCUACAGCGACAACUGCACCCAGCAAUAAUCCAUUGGUGAGUGCUAUGCUCACGUCAUUCUCAUCGAAAGUGCCACGUCGACCGCGUGACGUCAUACGUCCCAUACGACCGCCACGUCUCGAGUAUCCAGCGAAUCUGAAGGUGCCCGAGCAGCUAAUAAGCGUGGAGAAGUAUGCGAAAACAUACGAACGACCACGUGAAACAACCGAUUGCCAACCGCAACUGAUCGAGGAGUAUGUGCUGGAAACGGAACGCGAAGAAAAUGCUGGACGUCGCGUGAUAUAUCACAUAAAACUUUCGAUUUUCCAACGACCCUCGAAUUCUGAGUACCUGGGUGAGCUAUAUGUGGAUCGUGAUUAUCGUGAGGGGGAACGCAACGGCGAGUCCUGUCGCUUUUCGUUGGGUACACGCAUACAUGCGAAUCGCUACAUACAGCAAUUCACGGAAAUUUUCACCGAAGAGGGGCGCAAGGCGGUGAAAAUUACGCAUUUGAUGCCUGGACAUUUGCCUAAGGUGACACAUACGGGCAUAACACCGGAACAACGACAGGCUUUGUUAUUGCAGCAACGGCAGGCGGCGCUAUUAGCAGCACAACAACAACAGCAGCAACAGCAACAACAGCAAGUGCAACAUGGUGCUACCACAAAUGUGAAUGCUCAACACAUGACCGUUGCAGCAACAACAGCAGGUGGCAAUCAGCAGGCGCAGCAGCAGCAACAACACGUUGUACUGGUGGGCCCAAAUGGACAGCAGCAACACUUACUGCCCGCCACUGUGCAGCAUAUAAGCACUGUUGGACUACCGCAACAACAGCAAGUAACACAAGGUGUGCAGCAGCAGCAACAGCAACAACAACAUAUUGCUAUUACACCAGCUGGUAGCAAUUUGUCGAAGAAUAUUAAUAUUGUCGGUUUGACUGCCAGCAAUGCGGCCGCGGUGCAGCAAGUAUUGCGCCAACAACAACUGCAGCAACAACAACAGCAACAGCAACAAAUUACAACACAAUAUAUUGAUGCGAAUGGCUCAACGUUGCAUGUACAAACAAGCGGUGUUGCACAUGCACAACAGCAACAACAACAACAGCAAACACAACACAUACAACUACAUUCGGUGGGUGGCAGUGGUAAUGCCCAUACCACAACGCAACUCAGUCUUAGUAACGGUUCUCUAGUGUUAGUGCAACAACAUCCCAUUACGCAGAGUCAGCAACAACAACAACAGCAGCAGCAGACACAAACACUGCAACACGCCGGCAUCACUAUACAACCUGCCAAUGUGCAACAACAGCAGCAACAACAAAAGACUCAGGUUAUCACGGCGGCUCAAUUGAAUGCCGUUGCUGGCGCAAAUUCAGCGCUGCGCACACAACUCAGUUCCAGUGUGCCAAUAUUGCAAGCGCAGCUAAAGGCCGCGCCAUUACUCACUGCACAGCAACAACAGCAACUUUUGCAUAAAUCUGCACAACAACAACAACAGCAACAGAGUACUGCCAGUAGUAACAAUAGUAGCAAUUCCACUACAUUACACAGCAAUCCGGAGAUAAAUGCAAUCUUCACCAACAUCAUGAAUAGCGCCAAUCAGUUUCAACAACAAAAACAACAACAGCAGCAACAACAACAACAACAAUUGCAGCAAACCUCAAACAACACUGUGAGCAGUAGCAGUAGCAAUGUUAAGAACAGCAGCAACGCUUCCAUACGUAGCUUAUUAAAUAGCGCACCGGCCGCCAUGACAAGUACGCCUGUGGCAAGCGGCACUUUCACCACAUCCACUGGUCAACAUCAAACUGUCACUUUGGUGCAGCACACAACAUCUACGCCUCAACAACAACAACAACAACAGCAGCAACAUCAAACCAUCGUUAGUGGCGAUAAUUUUGUGCAGGUGACGACACAACCAACCACUGUCUCAGCGGCAACAACAACCGUACAACAACGCAAACCGACCAACAAUGAAGUGCUACAGAAUCUCUUGCAUACAAAUCGUAAAUUCAAUAUCGUCACGAGUGGUGGUAAUAUAGUAACAGCCAGUACUGGUGGUACUACCUUCCGUACAGCAGCCGGCAAUUUGGUUGCAGUCAAUCUGAAUCAAGCAGCGCAACAUCAAAGCCAAGCGGAUGUGCAGCAAUCACAACAACAACAAACGACUGGCAACCAAACACAUCAAACAGUACGCGUUUCCAUGUCGGCGCUCGCCUCACAGUUAGCCUCACCGCCAGCGAUAAUGACCAAUCCAAAUUCGGCCAACUUUGGCUACACUGUGAACACGUUGGGUGGCAGCGGUGGCACCGUGAAUGCGGUGAGCAGUACCUCCGGCGGUAGCAUCAAAAUACUCAAUAGUGGUGUGCAGCAACAGCGCGUCGCAUUGGCGAAUGCAUUGCGGCGCGACUCGAGUAAUACGGGUGCGCCGCCAAAUGCCAUAGUUGUAGGGGUGGCAGCACCUUCGCCUGGCAGUGAUUCGAACGCAUCGAAUGCUAGUGGUUUUGCAGUGCCACAGCCAACUAGCGCCACCAAUUCGGUGGGCACCGCUACCAGUUUGACGCUGCUCGGAGCAGCGACUCCCUCGCCAUCGGGUUCGGAUCAUUCGCAGUCGUCGCAAACGCAAAAUCAAGUGCUGCUUGAGCGUUUGCACAACAAUAGUGCCACUACGGCUACGGCGAUACCAAAUAUGUCGCCGCAGCAACAGCAAACGCAUGCACACACGCAAUAUCUAACGAAAACGCUGGUGCAAUCGCCAGCUGCUGCCUCAUCUAUACACUCACCCAUGUCUAGUCCACAUCCACAGCCAUCACCCUCGCCACAGCAUCAUCAUCAUCAGCAACAGCAGCAGCAACAACAACAGCAAUCUACUGCCUCCAACACCACCACCACAUUGAACUUACAAGGUAUUAAUCUCUUGCAAGGCGCUAUCGCCAAUUUUCCCGGUCUUCAAAAUGUACAACUACAAAUACCAGGUCUAGCGCAACCGCUCUCCUUGCAAUUGCAAUCGGCUGUACAACAACAGCCACAACAGACAUCACAAACGAAUGCUGCCACUGUGUCGUGUGUAGUUAGCGGUGGUGGUGGCGGCGGCGGCAACGCUGGUGGUGGGGGUGUUGUUGCUGCUUCAACUAGCAACAAUGUUGCUGGUGGCGCCGGCAGCAGUGGUAUGGGUCAACAAACACAUAUACAACAACGCAGUUUAUUGGUAUCAGUUCCUGUCUCAACACACAGCCAACAGCAACAGUCGUCACAACAACAACAUACGAUAACGCUGCAAGCGGCCACGGGGACGCAGCAAACACAAAAUCACGUACAACAUGUUGUGCCACCCACGGGUACGAUUGUGAAUCUACCAACUGGCGGCACAGCCACAACUGCCGGCACGCAAACUGUAGUGCUAACGAAUACUGCGACUGGUGGCGCAGGUGGUGGUGUUGGCAAUGUGGGAAAUUCAGCGAGUGGUGGCGGCACCACAACAACCAUGCUAACUUUGCCAAUUGCUCAAUUUGUUGGUCCCGGUGUACAAAAACUCAAUCCUCAAACAAUUCGUACCUCAAGUGGUGGUGGUGGUGUUGCAGGUGGCAGCAUUGUUCUGCAGCAACAACAGCAACAAGUGACGCAACAGCAACAGCAAGGACAUCAAUCACAACAACAACAACAACAAACAACGACAAUAAACGUGAGUGGUGUUGCUGGCGGUAGUAGCGCUGCUGUUGGCAACAGCAACAUUAUCAAUAGUGGUCAGCAGACGGCAAUCCAAUUGGUCGGCACCUUACAGCAACGGCCGCGCAACAUAGUUGUCGGCACGAAGCAAUUGAGCGGCGCACAACGGCAAUUGAUUGCAACGCAACGUAAUAUUGGUGGUUCCACACUGAAAAUCGCCACAACGCCAAUAAAUGCAUCGAAUGCGAACACCAUUACAACAACCACAAACCUAACUGCCACUCCCAUUGUGAUGUCCACGCAAAAAUUGCAGCUGAAAACUAUCAAAACGCCACAACAACAGCAGCAGCAGCAACAACAACAUGCGCGCAUAUUGAAUCAAGUGACUGCGACGGCUGCCUCACAAACGCAGACCACGCAUCAAAAUCAACAGCAGCAGCAGCAACAACAACAGCAGCAAACAAUUAUAAUCGGUCAGCAUUUAGCUACGGCGCCAACAACACAGCAAUCACAACAACAACAACAACAGCACAUACAAGUUGCAGGACGCACCGUAACCACAACUGGCAAUGCCAGCAUAAAUCAACAGCUAAUUUCGGCAUUAGCCAAAGCUGCCAAACAACAGCACCAACAACAUCAACAGCAAGCAGCAAAUCGGCGUAGAUCGGCUACCGAUGUAAAUAAAUAAAUAUAUGAAUAUAUGUAUAUACAUAUAUAUAAAUGAGUAGUGAGCCGAGCGACUACAAACUGGCCGCACUUAGUUGGCUGUGGUGUUGUAGUAUGUGUGUAUGUGAGUGUUUGUGUACGUGUGUAUGUGAAAAUUAUAUAAGCAAACAGAAUAAGAGAAAAGCAGAUAUUAAAACAAAAACGAAAUAUAAAGAAACACAAAGAUUAUUAACAAAAGUGAACACAAAAAUAUUCAAAAUAAUUAUAUUUGCAAAUGCAAACAAAAUACGAAAAUUUAAACUAAGGUAUUAUAUAUUAUACUUUGCCCUAAAUAAUGUACGAGUGAAUUCAUCUACUCCUAACACAUACCCCCCUACGGCAACACGUGCAUGUUUCAAAUAACAAACAAACAAACAUAUAAAUAACUAACGCCCAUUACCGUUAUAGCGCUAACGCUCAUCACACACACACACACACACUGUUAACGGCAAUCAAAACAACUUCAAUUGUCUUACAUUUCUAAAGAAUUCUAGGGUUGAGGGUUAAAGUUGCUUAUCCUAGUAGUAGUAAUGCCGAUAUAUAUAUAUGUAUAUACACAUGUAUGUAUUAAUUGGAUUGUAAAUAAAUAUCCUUAAAUCGGUGAAAUAAUUGAAAUUAAUUUGCCUAAAAAUUAUGUACCAUUUAUAAAAGUAUGAUGUAUGUAUAGAAAAGUUUUGAUGCAUUUUAUUGAAUAAGAUCAUCUACAAAGUAUAUUUGAAACACGAACACUUUUGGCAUGCUAAUUUAAACAAUUAAACAGAAACUAAAGGCGUCUACUUUAAAGCAUAUAUUUAACACAAUUUUAUUGCAUAAACCAAAAGAAAAACAAAAACAAAAAAAAAAAACAUUAAUUCGGUUAAACACCAACACCACUCUACCCUAGUCAUUACAACCUACAAGCAUACAUAUAUGUAUAUGUAUGUGCAUAUGUUUGUUAUUUAAGUGGCUAAAGUCGUUGUUAGUAGUUAUUUAUUAAGCACCACAUACUACCUACAUACAUACAUACAAACAAACAUAUUGAGAAUCCCCCUCCUGAAACAAAAAAAAGAAGAAAAAAACAUUAAAUUUAUUAAAAAUAUUCGCGCUUUUCUCCGAAAAUUUGGCGUCACACUCAACAACAACAAAACGAUACGCCUUGCAGCAGCCAACUUUGAUUCCAGGUGUUUAUUGUGUAUACAUAUGUAUGUACUAAUAGCUCGUAACGAAAGUAAAAUUAAGCAAAUCUAAAAUAAUUAAAAGAAAAAAGAGAAAGAAGAAAAUUAACAAAAAAUUUGCAAUCAAUUUAGUGCUGUGUUUUUCGCCGUUGACGAAAACAAAAUUUCAUAACUCAUCCUAACCAGUGGUGUGUGUCGCCCACAUAUGCAUUGCUGGGUCUUAGGUUGUUUUAUUUAUUAUAUAUAUAUAUAUGUAUAUUUUUUUUAUAUUUAUUUAUUCACUACGCUGUCAUAACGAGUACUAAAAACAUGCAUACAUACAUACAAACAUAUUAUUCCUGCUGCUCUAAUUUGCCUUGCUUGUUGAAGGUAUUACGAAUAUAUAAAUAUAUAUGCAACGCGUACAUGCUGGACUCUUGUGGACAUGUGCUACUCUGAUAAUUUUCGUAAAUGAAAAAAAAAAAAUUAUUAAAGAAAUUACAAACUAUUAAAAAUGUUUGGUGUGCUGCAUGUGUAUGGCGCGCUAAUUAUCGUAAGCGCAUGCGCGCAGCAUACCAAUACAACUUGCUUGUAAAGCAAAAAAGUGCAACCAACUGCAUGCCAACAAAAUCACUCAAACAAAAACACUCAUACGAGUAAAUAUAUUGAAUUAUAUAUAUAUUUAUGUAUAUAUACAUACAUAUCUAUAUGUAUAUAUAAAGUAUAUGUAUAGAGAAAUGUUAUAUUCUUUUUGACUAUUGCAAACAAUUUUUAGCGGAGUUAUUAUUUAUAUAGUUUUUUUUUCUCAUAGAUUUCGCAUUUGUUUAUUGUGCGAAGCGUGUCACACAUAUGCAUAUAUACAUA